UUUGAUUUGCAUAUCUACGAGUUUGGCUCGGAGACGUUAGAGAUCAUGUGCCAGGAUAAGCGGACCACGACAUGUAUUGGAAAGAUUGCAGUUGACCUGCACGAGUUUCCACGUGAUGAGACCGUCCAAAAAUGGUAUGAUUUGGAAGAGGCUUCGGGAUCUUUGUUACUGUUGAUCACUGUGUCGGGGAGCCACUCAACCGACAAUGUUGUUGAUUUGACUGAGUUCGAUCAGAAUGAUUUGAGACACUCUAUAGUGGAGAAAUAUGAUAUACGACACACUUUCAAAGAUAUCAAAGACAUUGGACAACUGACGGUAAAAGGUAAAAACACUCCUGAAGGCUCUACUUAA